CAGUAGAAGAAGAAAAGGUUCGGUGUGUUGUGUCCAUAUUAGGAGAUGUUCUGAGCUCCGUGGGUCCAAUGAUCCGCUUCUUCUUAACACCUGAUCCCGGCACACUGAUCCGGAUCACCGUGACGGUGUGUACGCUGCUACUGCUCUCAGCCCGUCGUCCCUCGCUGUGAUCUGUCAUGUCUGGUUUCAAUCUGCUCCAUCUAAUAACCAAGAGUCCUCCUGUAGCUCUGAAGCCCUGCAGUCUGCCCUCAGGAGCUCGUAGGACUAAGAAGACAUGGCCAGUGACUUUCACUAAGGAGGAGCUGAAGGAGCGACUCACUCCGAGGCAGUACCAUGUGACCCAGGAAAGGGGCACCGAAAGUGCAUUCACAGGAGAGUUCACCGACCAUAAAGACGAGGGGACGUACACCUGUGUGGUGUGUGGAGCUCCUCUGUUCAGCUCAAGCACUAAAUUUGACUCUGGAUCAGGGUGGCCAUCUUUCUUUGACCUGCUUCAGGAGGAGUCCAUCUCAAACUCUGACGACUUCUCAUACGGGAUGCACCGAGUGGAGUCUACCUGCAGCCAGUGUGGCGCUCACCUGGGGCACCUGUUUGAUGACGGACCUCGCCCAACAGGAAAACGUUACUGCAUUAACUCCGCCUCCCUGGACUUCCAGGCCAAAGACUCCUCCCCGUCCUCAGGAGCUGAAGGAGGGGCCAAACCGGGAGGUGAAGAGAAAACAGAGCUCUGAGAAGCAGACCCACCUGUGUUCACACGUGAAAACAUUUUACAGUCUAAAGAAAUGUGUGGAGGUGAUCACUGUGUGGGGUGGGUGAUCACUGUAGGGGGGUGGAGGUGACAGGUGGGGGUAUAACAGUAUAUUUAUAUUUAUAGUGUUUGUAGAUGAUAUUUGGAUAUUAUAAUAUUGAACGUGUAUUUUUGAAGUGGUAUUAAGAAUAAUAUGAAAUCAUCUGUGGCCUUUAAGUUUGAUGAAACUUUGAAUAUCCAAUCUUCUUCAUGACUGUGUGUCUUUCACCAAAAAUAAAGAAAUUACAAAUAUUGAA